AUGUUUUCAAAUAAUAACACAAAAUUACCUUCAGUCGCUAACCUAUUAAACCAUGAACAGGCAACAUCAAAUUCAAAAUUAUAUUUUCCACUACCACCCACAAUAAGAUCCAAUUUCCAAAGUGAUCCUCGUGGCAUAAUAAAAUUGCCUCCAAUAUUAUCUAGCAAUUGUAACAGUCUCAUUCGUCCUUCAUCUGUAGAAAGUGCUCUAAGGCAUACUGUAAGUUUCCCUUCAUCUAAUUUCAAUCCUUUACCAACACCUGAAGACGAUAACAAAAAUCUUCUCCAUCAACGUAUCGAUCCUCAAAAUAAAAACAGUGACAGUUAUUCUUCACCUUUACCACAUCGUCUGAUUCAUACUUCAUCAUUUGAGCCCCUUUCAACUAAAAUUAAGGUCCCAGCUAGAUCCCCAUCUACUCCACUAAUAAAAAGACAAUCACCAACUGCUUCUUCAUUAUUGGUAAUAUCACAAGCCAAAAAAACUAAUGAUACAUUGACUCCAAUUGCCGCAAUGAAGGCAUCAAUAACACCUUCAAGUAACGAUAAGAAACGUGCAUUUGCAUUUAUUACUCAUUCCAAAGAUACAUUCGGUACAAAAGAACCUAAAAUUGACAAUGCUCCACUAGCACGCCGUAAAAGAAGAAGAACUUCAUCUCAAGAAUUACUCAUAUUACAAACUGAGUUUGAAAGAUGUCCAACACCAAACAAAAAGAAAAGAUUAGAAUUAGCUGAAAUUUGUAAAAUGUCUGAUAAAUCCGUUCAAAUUUGGUUCCAAAAUAAAAGACAAUCUGUGAAAAAGCAAAAAUUAGCCAUUGCAGGUUCCAAUUCCACUCCUUCUAUUACUUCCACGGCAUCAGAAUCUUUGAAACUGUCCGAUACUAGUGUUAAUUCAUCUACAGAAGAUUUCACUGAAGAAGAUCAUCACAAUAAUAAUACCAACACAACUCCGUCAGUAUCAAAUAAUGAAAAUAUCCCACCUUUACAAUUGACACCAUUAGCGCCAAAAACUUCCAAAGAUAAUCAAAACGGGAAUCGUAUGGGUUCAACAACUACUUUGAAACUAAGAAUGCCAAGUUCUCAUUCUACUCCGCCAAGACAUAAUAAUAAAUCAUCAAGAACGAUAAUAACGCCGACAAAGGGUCCAUCGCCUAACGGUAAGAAAAGUCAAGCAUUAACAUUCCAUUUAAAUAAUGAUAAAAGAAUAUUAACUCCAGUGAAAACAUCUCCAAAUAGUAGAGUUAAUAGACUAAUUAACGGUCCUCAAUUAAUUACCUCUCCAUCAAAGAAAAAUAGAAAUAAUCUGAAAUUGGAAUUCCAACCGGAAUUCAUCGAAAAAAGUCCAUUGAAGGAGAUUGACAGUAAUACUAUCAACUAA